CGUCGAGAGGGGCUGCCGCGGCCGUGGCCGGUGGCGAUGCGGCCGGCCGGGUGGCGUGAGGGGAGCCGCCGCGGUGGGCUUUCCCGACCGCUCCCCGCUUUUCCUCCUCGGCGGGAACCGAUGCGGGGGGCCGCCGAGCCGCGCGGGCUGAGGGGAGACGCGGCGGCCGGGAGGCCCGGCGGAGGGCGGCGUUGAGGAGCCGGCGGGGGAGAGAGCCGGGCGGCCGGCGGGCGCUGCGUGAGCGCGGCAUGCGCGGGAGACGCCGGCGGCGGGGGGGUUCGCCCCGCGGCGCCGGCCUCGGCCUGGCGUCCCAGCUUUCCUUCUUCCUGCUGCUCCUGGGCGGCGGCGCGGCCGUCCCACUUCCGCAAGCAGGUGCAGGGGCAGCAGCAGCAGGAGUUGAGGUUCCCUUCUCGUUAGUGAUUCUGUCUGCCUGCAGCCUUGUAGUGCUGGUGCUACUGUCGGUGAACUGCGUAUCCUGCUGUAAAGAUCAAGAGAUAAACUUCAAGGAAUUUGAGGACAACUUUGAUGAUGAAAUAGACUUCACACCACCAGCAGAAGACACACCAUCUGUUCAGUCUCCAGCAGAAGUGUUCAUACUUUCGGUUCCGAGCAUCUCUUUGCCGCCUCCAUCGCAGUUCCAGCUUCCCCCAGAGGAAUCAAAGUCUCAAGUAGCACGUCAGAAUCUAAACUACAUCCAAGAAAUUGGAAAUGGUUGGUUUGGAAAGGUUCUGCUUGGAGAGGUGUACACAGGCACUAGUGUGGCAAGAGUGGUUGUGAAAGAGUUGAAAGCAACCGCUGGUCCCAAGGAGCAAGAGCGGUUCUUGAGGCAUGGAGAGCCUUAUUUUAAUCUUCAGCACCCAAAUAUCCUCCAGUGUAUUGGGCAGUAUGUGGAAGCCAUACCUUGUCUUCUGGUGUUUGAGUUUUGCGACUUGGGUGACCUUAAAACAUACCUUUGCAACGAGCAAGAGAACAUUAAAGGAGAUGCCCAAAUCAUGCUGCUGCAGAGGAUGGCGUGUGAGAUUGCUGCUGGACUCUCCGCUAUGCAUAAGCAAAAUUUUGUGCAUGGUGACUUAGCCUUGCGGAAUUGCUUUCUUACAUCUGAUUUAAACGUAAAAGUUGGAGAUUAUGGAAUAGGAUUCAGUAGGUACAAGGAAGAUUAUAUUGAGACUGAUGAAAAGAAGCCUGUGCCUCUUCGCUGGACUGCUCCAGAGCUGGUGACUAGCUUUCAAGACAGAUUGUUAACAGCUGAACAAACAAAGUACAGUAACAUCUGGUCACUUGGUGUGACGUUGUGGGAACUGUUCAGUUCUGCUGCAAAGCCUUACUCACACUUAUCCAAUGAGGAGGUCUUACUGCAAGUCAUAAAAGAGAAGCAGACCAAGCUCCUGGAACCGUGCCUUGAGCAGCCAUAUUCCGAUAGAUGGUAUGAAGUUUUACAGUUCUGUUGGCUGCCUGCAGACAAGAGAGCAACUGCUGAAGAGGUACACAAGCUUCUGACGUAUCUCCGAAUGCAAAGCCAAAGGGAUUCAGUGAUUGAUCCUGAACAGUGGAACAUUCUUAAGCCCAACAUGUCAAACAGAGAUUUGUCAGUGAACUCCGCCUUUCCGAUUCUGGAUCACUUCUCCGGCAGCAGUCUUGGCCGUGAAAUGGAAGAAGUCCUCACAGUCACUGAAACAAGUCGAGGCCUCAGCUUUGAAUACGUAUGGGAAGCCGCCAAGCACGAUCACUUCGGAAGCGGUCAGACAAAUCCUGAUGAAGAGCUGGCGUACACAAAUAUCUUUUUCCCUGUGGAAGUUUUCGAGAACACCCUUUUGGAACAAGGGUCUGGAGCUCAGGAUGAAAGUGGCCCGGAGACUUCAUUUCGAGUGCCUGGGGAACUUCCUGUGUUCAACGCCCACAAACCCUCAGUGGGCAGUGACUAUUACAUCCAACUCGAAGAGAAAUGCAGGAGCGGCGAUGAGGGUUUCGACAACUGUGCUGUCAUGGUGACGACUGAAGUGGACAACCUCGAAGUCCCGAAAGACAAAAGUUCUCACUUUGUGGUUCUUGGGGACUUUGAUGCUACUGAGUCUGCUACAGAUGGGGACUUUUUCUGUAUUAAUAAUAGUUCCAAGGAAGGAGACAUGCAUGCUAACAACCAGGAAAGCUCUUUCCAAACUGUAUUGGCUGAUAUCACCAGAGCAGAACCGUUGGCUAAUGAAAGAAAUCAGUUUGACUUAACUGAUCCGAAUGAUAUUUAUGUAGAGUUUGAAGCAGUUUCCUGUUCGGAUCUAGAGGAAUCGGCAGUAGCCGAUCAGCACAUAAAGGGAGUUCCUUUGCAUGCUUCUGAAAACAAAGUUGUUUACUUGCAUGAAAGUGGCACGCAGAAGUCUGAUCCUGGCCUGCUGACUUCAGAAGAGCUGUGUGCAAACUUUCUUUUUCUUCAAGAGAAGAACUUACUAAAGGAGGUGUUGAAUGACACAGUUAACACAGCCAACGCAAAUAUGUUACAGGUACCAAAUAGGAACUUUCUGGAGGUUGAGCUUAAAAUGGAUGGAAAUAUUUCAACCCAUAAAGAUGAGUAUUUGAUAGAAACAGCCACUGAUAAAAGCUUGAGCAUUAUGCUUCCAUCCCCUGUGGAAAGUCAGGUGCCUCAUAGCUCACCUGUGAUGGAUAAUCAACUGGUAACACCUCUGUUGAGAGCUGGGAAAAACCAUUCUGACAUAGGAGCUGAUCGUAGCUCUCUCAGCAGUACUGAUGACUCCUGCCUCAGAAUGGAUCAUGAUGACUCUGAGGUCAUCUCUGUUGAAAUGCUGUCCAUAAAUACGAAAAACCAACCAGGUGGGACUAACUCCAGUCAAAGCAUUAUAUUCCAUACUCAAGAACAAGAGAUACAGAAUAAAAACCAGGAACUUGAUUGCAAUAAUAGGUGCUGGGGGGAGUUGAUCCAUGAUUUAGGGAAUAAGGAAUCUGGAUUAGAACAAGACAACAAUUGUCAUUUGGACCAAAACAAUGAAAAUUCAGCUCAGGUUCAAAAGCGUAACACAGACGUUACUCUCACAUCUGUCCUCCCUUCAGACCGAAUGAGCCAGGACAGUCUGCUAGAAGACAGUGUGUCAACCGCCACACAGAGCAUGGGGCAAUCUUUAGAUACACCGGACUCGUUGGAUUCAGUAGAUGUUAAUGACGUCUUGGAGUCUUUAGUGAAUCAAAGUCCCCAGAAAAUUUUACCACCUGAUAAACCUGCUGACAGUGGCUAUGAAACAGAAAAUCUGGAGUCUCCUGAAUGGACUUCACACCUCGUUGGCACUGACUCCAGUGAAGACACCGCUCUGUCUAUUGUUGUCGACGAUGGUCUUUCGAAUGGAAGACCAAUUAUUAUAGUGUCAUCAGAUACUGAGGCAGAUACAGUGAAUAUCAUGGACUGCUUUGAAGAAGCCACCACAGCUUCUUCAGGUGGGCUUCAGAAUUCAUACAGGGAUUCUGCUUAUUUUUCCGAUAACGACUCUGAGCUAGAUAAGAAAUCUGAAGAGACUAUAAAUGUAUCUGAGGAACCAAAAGCUCUAGUGGAGGAUGAUGCUUGCCGUGAAUACUUAGAAAUGAAUAAGAGUGCCAGUUCAGAGAAGCAGCCAAACUGCAGUCAGGUCACUGAUGACCAGUUUGUUCAUAACUCCAGUUCACAGUUGGAAUUAGAUGAGAAGUUAGACCUCCACGAUAUAGAAAUAGCAAGAUGUUCCCCUGAUGGCGUUAAUACAACUUUACUUCGGCCUGCAGUGCGCUUAGAGCCUAGCGAGGAAGAUGACGUUAAACUGUAUGAGAAUUCCCCGAGAGGCGUCUCUUGCACAGGAACAAACACAGCAGAUUUUUACCCUGAGCAGGAUUUGAAGCUUGCGCCUGACUUACUCAGCCCUGCUGAAGCCUUUGAAAGAUCUUCAUUGUGCUAUCUUGAUGGUCACAAGCUCAAAGAGCCAGACGUGGAAGGAAAAUACCUGGGUAAGCUUGAUGUGUCUGGGAUGCUUGACCGGUCACUGGAUGGAGAUGAUGCCGAUGAAGAAGAUGAAAACAGCGAUGAUUCUGAGGAUGACAUGAGAACUUUCCAUCUGCACGGUCUUAGCUCUGACAGCGAUGAGGAAAUUGUGCAUCAAGUACCAGUGAUCCUUACUGAUAGGGAUGAUGGCAAACAUCUGAGGAGCUUACUGAAAUGCCCAAAACCUUUGGGUCAGAAUACGCCUUCUGAAAACUCCCUAAAGAACGAAAGGAAAGCAGUCACGUUCUUUGAUGAUGUCACCGUCUAUCUUUUCGAUCAGGAAACACCAACCAAAGAACUUGGGAACCGUGCUGCAGAAUCAAACUGCUCGGGCUCCAGCAAUGCUCCUACUCCAGCUUCUGGUGUUGGUUACUUGAAUAAGUUUACUAAUUCGGAAAGCUCUACUGAUGAAGAAGGUGGAGGCUUUGAAUGGGAUGAUGACUUCUCUUCUCCGGAGCCCUCUUUUAUAUCCAAGGCAGCAAACACUCUCAUUAAUUCCAAACCUUCUCUACAGACAUCAAAGUACUUCUCCCCACCGCCGCCACCUCGAAGUCCUGAACAAAACUGGUCACAUUCGCUACCUUACUCUAGAUUCUCUAUCUCACCGGCAAACAUCGCCAGCUUUUCUAUUACUCACCUAACGGAUUCAGAUAUUGAACAGGGAGGCAACAGCGAAGAUGGAGAGAGAGACUAGGCACCGAAUGCAUGCAGACAUGCUUGUGAAGACAUCGGGGAGGGGCGAUGGCCUGGUAGCCGACUUGAAAAGGUGCGCAUCCAAAAACCGAAGCAGGUGUGCCGAAGUUUAGCAGUCGAGCAGUUGGCAAGCACUGGAAGGCUGAUCAGGACCUGAAUUGUGGAAGGCGAAUGGUAUUCUUGUUGUGUGUUGUUUUUGAAACUGGUGCAUUUUGCGUUUCCUUAACAAAAAAAAAAAAGAUUGCUCUGUGCUGUCCCUCCCCCCAGUGCACUCCCAGUACUUGAAGUAUUCUACAUAAAAAAAAGUUAUGAAAUAUGUAAAAUGGUUUAUGUUUAUGGUCUGGUUUAUAUAUAGGAUUGUACCAUACCCUUUUUUAUCCAUGUAUUAUCUGUAUGAAUGUGUAAAAUUGUACAUAGCUGAGCAGCAGGUGGCUGUGUCACUUGAAACGCUGGGACUGAACGCUGUUGUAUAGCAAGCCAUAUUUCUGAGAAUUCACCCGCUACUUAACUGCAGAUGCCUAUAGGCAAUCCUUCCCAAGUCCCUCUGCAUUGUAUAAAACCUUUUCUUUUUUUUGCUUCUUGGUUGCUUUGGCCCAUUGAACUGAGCUCCCUUUAUACUUCUUCUGAUCCUGUUUUGGACAACACACUUAUCAGAACAUUCGGAGCUUGAGUCUUCCUUUUUUAAAUAAUUUCUAGACUUGUAUGUGAUGGUAUGGUUUCUCCUGAAGCCAGCCACUGUCCUUUUUUUUUGAGAUGUAUUCCCAUUUUGGAAGUAUGGAGUUUGAUGUAUUGGCCAUGGUUGUGCUUGGCAAAAAGAGAAAAAUGUGGUGGUGUUUUUUCAAAAGAAGUCUGAGACCCUGGAAUCCUUUCAAGUAUGUUGGCUUCACUCCAGGUGGCCCAAGUUUUACUGGCUGACUCCUGAUAAAUUGCUUCUCUCCUCUUCUGGGAUCUAACUGGGAAUCAGUCUAACUGGGAGGAGGUGAUUGAGUUGGCUUCAUGCAAUUGCUUUUCUUUUAUGAAAGCCUGACUUCAAAAGAUCAAGAAGCUCAGUUAUGGGGCUGACUGUGCUGGCUGGUUUUAUUACGUGGUUUUCAGUAUGGGCCAGGGGCUCUCAUGCCUCCUUAAGGAUGAGAGAGGCAGCUUACGAGUUAGUGGGCACUGCCUGCUUUGUUAUACUCAGAUCUUUUAGCAGGCUGUUUUGAUGGGCUUUUCUAGAGCUCCACAGCACUGAGGGAAAAGAUGCUCUCACUUGGUUUGUGGAAUAGGAAAGGCCCAGUGUGGCAUACACUCCUUGAUUGUGCACUGCAUAUAUGUAUGUCCCUCUCUCAGUAAAAGGCGCAUAUCUGAAAAUGAAGCAUUUGAGUUGUAAAAUAGCUUGUGUCUCCUGAGCUUUGGCAAAGGAAGAAAUUUUAAAACUGGGGGGCCCUUUUUGAAAGCUAUCUUGCUGUCUUUACAUAGCUUUGGGUCUGACUGAACUUCUGUGAAUCUUGGUAGCUUAAAAUGUUUUAAACCGUAUUCCCCCCUCCUCUCCUCAUCCCCUUCCGCUGUGAAGACUACAGGAAGGGUGAAAUCAAGUCCACUAAUAUUGCCAAAUGGUCAUGCUGCUGAUAUGCUAGGAGCUGCGCUUCACAAGGAACUCAGGCCCUGUAAAAAUGGUAUCUGCUGAAGCAGCCUGUGCCCUCUGCUUGCCAACCUACUUGUAUGCAGUGCACUUAGGUUGUCCUGUCCUCCAGUGAUUGUUUUUGAAAGUGCCAGUGUUGCCGUGCAUUGAAUUCUCUUUUUUAAAAACACAAGCUGUUGUUUUGGUGGUGGCCUCUUGAAAUCUUUGCUCAGCUCUUCAGUGGGCUUGGAGACCUUGCGCAGAUGGCCAGUCCAUCUCUCUUCCCAGCUUGUUCACAGUGUGAUAAAUGUUAAAAGCAGAAUACAGGCUGAGAAUGAAAAGCUUGCAACAAUCUGUGGAGGUGUAGAGCAGGUCUGGAUCUUUGUAGACCAUUAUUUUAAAAUGUAGUUUAUUAUGGGAUUAGAUGAGAUGAAUUUAUCUGCAGAAAUUUAAUGUUUGCAUUUUACACUUUGGGAUUUUCUCCAGAGAUGGGUAUUCCCUCUCCCACUUUUUUAAAAAAACAUUGAGUGUAUCAUGCCACAGAAGGGAACAUCUGUUCCUUUAUCCCAGGCCUGAAAUCAUACCGACAUCCUGGUGCCCCCCCCCCCGAAGAUUAUCAAAUAUCUGGUGCAGUACAUGGUUUUGAAGAUGGCUUGUGGAGGGUGUUACAAUGUGGGACUGGAGUGCACACACAUAGUGCUUCUCGCAAAAGGUUUGUGUGACUUUAAGCAACCUUGAGGUUUUUUAAAAGUUCACCCCAUGUUGCUGGGGACUCCAACACGGGAUUAGCCUUUAUGUGAAUGGUGAAUUCGGACUUUUGAGGCUUGCUGUCUCAGGGAGCAUCCAGAGAGCCCAGUGUGCUAAAUUGCGCCUUGUUAGCAAGACAAGUAUUCCAGCAUGCCUUCUGCUGCAGUGUGGCUGAGGAGGAAUCCCCCUACUAGGGGUAAGGAAGGAUGAGGCCUUGAACCAUGUAUAGCCCAGUUUUAACGUGUUUUCACUGGCUCUCUAAUUCACAGAUCUGGCUUAGAAGUCUCAUUUCUUUAAUAGUUACUUGAAGACAGUUUUUAAAAAACAAUCGAGGAGGUGGAUUUGUGUGUGUGCGAGUGAGAGAGAGAGAGAGAGAAUUUGAGCAGAUAAUCUAGUUUGUAAGGGGUGCACUGUUUGUGUACUGUUCCAGGUGUGCAGGUCCCAAGAUCAGCGUGUUGGAAUCUUACCCUUCUGUUGCUGCUGCUACAUAAGCUAGGCUUGGGGCUUUCUCUUUCUCUCUCUGCUUUUUAACGGUUGUAUGAUAGCAGCAAUUUAGCCAGUGAAGCCGUUUCCAACACUGUGGAUCAAUUGCUUGGGAAAGCUUUGCCUGCUAAAGGACUGUUGAUCACACUGAAGACCCUGGAGUUCUGCUUUCAAAAUGUCAGCUGCCCUAGCAUCGGUUGUCUCUUUUGGCGCAGUUGGAGUAUGUAAGGAACUAGAGGGGAGGGUGUUACUUGGGGAAGGGAAGAGGAAGUUAGUACUUGUGUCCCCUUAUGUUAAAUCAUACGGCUAAAUUAGCAAUGCUGCUGCCUCAGGGAACCUGCGGUGCAGUGGCUCUGGCUACCGCUCCCUUGCAGAGAAGAGGUGGGGGACUUAGAGUAAGCAGAGCAGACCUGAUCUGCUUUGUAAGUGACCGACGAUGGUUUCACUUGCCUCUGUUUGGAGCUUGGUAGCUGAGAGAUCCUUAGGAUUAGGUGGAAAGAUGGAAGUUCACAGCUUUUUAAAGGACAGUUGGUUGAAGCAAGUCUGUCAUUUUGUAACGAGAAGCCAAACCAAGAACAAUAAGGAUUUUUGCUUGUUUAAAACAUUUUCCCAAACCUUUUUAUAAUGGGGGUGGGGGUGGGGGACAAAGAAGAUGAAAGCCACUACAGCAGUGGACAGAGUUCUCUUUUAAUCCUUGGGGGAGCAACUAGUGAGAGCCAUUGAAGACAAUUUUUUUUAAAAAAACAAAUCAGUAUUUUAUAUUGUGAUUUAUACAUGCAGUUCUGAUUUGAUUUUUUUAAAGACAGAGUGAGAGAGAUUGAGGACUGGUUAGCUGCUUUGGGAAGAGAAAGCUAUUAAGCACUCAUCUAAAAUGUCAUUGGAGGGAAAAUGGCUAUUUGGGUGGGAAGUUGGGAUUGGAAAAAUAAUUAGCCUUAUAAGAAAUAGCCUUAAAAAGAAGAAUGGAGUGUACAAAAUUAACUUCAGCUUUAAGUUGUAUAAAAUCCUUUAAAAAUCAAAUCUUUGCUAAGGAGGAAAUUGUAGAGGAGAAUUUAAGACUGAGCAUAUAAAUACACUAAGUGUUCAAUGCCACCAGCCUGUUUUUUUAAAUUAAACUUGAAUGCGGUUAAGAUGUCUACUUCCGUUUUAUUAAAAUUGUUUGAUCUUGCACAGUGGUUAAGGUGUAACCUAAUGGUAAAUGGUACCGUUGUAUGUGUAUAUACAAGGUUUUACUCUUAUUUGUAAAUGAGGAAAUUUAUGUAAACAACCACAAGGGAGAGGUUUUCCUAUUGCAAUUUAAUACAGGUAUGAGGUUUAUGGCAAUAUCACAGUUAAAGAAAAUUUCAGGUUGAAUUUGUCUUUAAAUUGUGUACAUCGAAAAAAUGUAAUAUUUCUACUGUACAUUGAUCAUGCAUAGUGUGAUUCAGACUGCUUGUAAUUUAAAAAACAAACCUUAUUUAAUAUUCAAAAUAAAAUAAAGGUAUAUAUUUAUAAAUUCA